ACAACCUUCAUUUUAGAUCACAGUGGCUAAUGUCUUCGGCUUACUUCUUGCUUCUUACUUCUUUUUCAUAACUGACCAUGGGGAAAGCACUGGCUGUUUGGAUGUACAGGAAUUUCCUUGAUCUUUACAACACUGGUCAUGCUUCUCAGGGAGUUUCUAAACAUAAAUGUGGAACCAUAAAGGCCUGCUUCAAAGUAAGGAGAAAUAAGGGCACAUUUGUGGCUCUGGAGUAAAAUAAGAUAAAUUCCUCGUUUGGGAAAAGGCAGGGGCAAAUGUUGUCUUAAAGAUGUUUAAGAAUAAUGUUACUGACCAUAAACAAAAGGUGGAAGCCAUAAUUAAAAACAUGAACACAGUUUCUUUGGAGUUGAAGAAAAUGAGAGAGCUCUCCCAGUUGCUGCUUUGUGACCUCACUCUGCAGUUUAGUGAUCCUGUGAAUACAGAGGACUUCAAGGAAACAGAAAGAAAUGACUCCCUGUCUGAAAAGUCUGAAAUACCAGAUGCAUCUCUUGCUUCUAACAGUUUCUCUAUCUGAUUUAUUUUUUAGUUAUUAUGAGUUCAUGGUGUUUUUCAUUGUUGAAUUAGCAAAUAUUUGGGGGGAUUAAAUUUACUAAAAUACUUAAUGUAAUUAAAAGCAGCAAAAUUAAUACAGUUGUAAAUAAAUAUUUCAUUUUCUUGAAGGCUC